CGUGGCGUGAGCGGUAGCAGUUCAAUAGCGGUUAGCAGGCACGUAACAAACAGACUACAGGGAGAGACCACGGAGAAUCCAGUGGAAGUAUGGACAGUAGAAAGAACAAUUGAGGGAUCGGGAUUCACUUUAUCAGGCAAAGUGAAGAAAAAUGUCCAGCAGAAGCCAGCACUAUGGAUUCCAGUCAGCCACCAUGGUGCAGCCUGCCAAUGGCGGGCAUGCCUAUCUGUUCGGAAACAACAGCUCAGAAAAUGAUAUGUCAGAAGAGGAUGGGGAAAGCUAUGAGCUUCGGCCUCGUGGCAGAGAGAGACUCCGGAGGAGCACCUCUAAAGAGAGAAUGGAUGACAUUAUCUAUUUGACCAGAGAUAUCCAGGAGGGAGACACUCUGAACAGCAUCGCCCUACAGUACCAUUGCUCAGUGGCGGACAUCAAGCGUGCCAACAACCUUUUGACAGAGCAGGACUUUUUUGCCCUGCGUUCAGUUAAGAUUCCUGUGAGGCGCUUUAGUGUCCUCACUGAGACUCAUAACGCUGCUACUCUCAAAUCUGCCUCGCCCACAGGCACUAGACACCCGCCUCAGGUCUCGCACAUUACUUCUCUCCCUUCUGAAUCCUCCAUGGACUCCUGUUCUUCCACUGACAGCGUGGAAGGAUUCCUGAUGGAGAAGGACAAGGACAUUGAGCGGCUGGUGAAAUCCACAGGACCAUCUCGGAGCGGCCUCAGUGAGGUUGUGUCCUCUUUAACGCAGCAGCAGCCAUUACUAGGAGAAGCUGGAUAUAAACCAGUACAGAGGAAGGAUCCUUAUUAUGGGGCAGACUGGGGCAUGGGAUGGUGGACUGCUGUGGCAAUCAUGCUUUUUGUCGGCAUUGUCACACCCAUCUUUUAUCUGUUGUACUAUGAAGUUCUUGUGAAAGCUGACGUUAGCCAUCAUGGUAUGCCUACACAAACUCAGAAAGGCUUCUCUCAUGAGUCUCAACAAGGCAACGGUUCGAUCGGGAGUAAAGACAUUCCUGGAGAUGCUCAACAUAGGCUUGCAGUUAAUGGAACUCAGCAGGGACAGGUUGCGGAAAAAGCAGGAGACGGUGGAGAUAGAGAAAAUGAGAAAACAUAGCAUAGCACCUAAAAUGUGUCGCUAACUCGGAGAACUAAUAGAACUAUCCUGAUGUUCCCAUUUACAGAUAACUUUUAAAACAUCACUCUAAUCCAUCUGGCUGAA